UAUUUGCAGUUGUGUGAUAUUACUUUGCGUUGGCAGAGAAAUGUAUAUAAGAUUUUGCUACGAAGGAAGAUGCACCAGUCGCUCAUUAGAUACCGACCGAAACAAACCAAAAUUCAUCCAAAAUGAAACUGAUCAUCCUCGUCGCUCUUGCCGUCGUGACCAUCGCAGUCGCCGCUCCCCCAGAACCACCUAAGAUCCUGAAGUCUGAAUUUGACCAGGGAGCAGAGGGCGGCUAUGUUUUCAACUUCGAGACUGAAAAUGGUAUUGCUCGCGCUGAAAAUGGUGAAGUGAAGGAUAUUGUCGACGAAGAAAACAAGCCCCACAGAGUAGUCAUUGUUCGUGGAUCAUACUCGUACAUCGGUGACGAUGGCAAACCCGUUUCCAUCGAAUACUUCGCUGACGAAAAUGGAUACCACGCUCAAGGAGACUCCAUCCCCAAGGUGCAAUAAACUAACUGAUUGAUAUUUACAACGAUUUUAACCGCCGAAACAUACUUGCUUAACCGAUGAAGAUUAACAAAUAGAUCAGUCAUCUCUACACAAGUGCGUUCUAGCAUCUAGCGCACCGUACUGUCUAGUGUCUAUUCUCUGAUGCUCACUGCCAUAUUAAACUGUUUAAGUUUAUACUUUUAUACUGUUUGUUAAAUUUUAUAACGUGAUGUAGAUAGCAAAUAAAGUUGAUUUGUGAUA